AUGGAUUAUUCGUCUUCUUCGAGGAGUCGAAAAUCCAGGACUUCUUCGUCUUCUUCCAGGAGUCGAAAAGCCAGGACUUCUUCGUCUUCUUCGAGGAGUCGCUCCCCGAGGGCCAAGCAGAAAGCGUCUUCCAGUGGUGCCCAAAGGUCCAGGCCAUCUCCGCUACGUGGGCGGCUGUGGGGUUUUGACGUGAACAAGUAUGAUGGAAAUUGGAAAGGGGCGACGGUCGAUUUCUUCAGGCGGUUGCAACGUUCUGACCCUAAAGAUCCUCCGUUUGGGACCUAUCAUACAGUGAGGGAUGAGGAUGGCCUCUAUCAUUCCACGCUGCAACUCACUGACAAAGCUCGAGCAGCUGCCCGUCUGAAAAAAUUGCAAUACAAAGGAGAAGGGGCGCGUACCAUAAAAGCAGCAGAGCUAUCAGCAACUCGUGUGCUUUGGGAUGAUCCCUGUAUAAGGGAGCAAGCCGCAAAGCUGCGGCAGCGGCUGAAAGCUGCCCUGACCAUGGUUCACACGUUUUGCCUGGCCAUUGAUUUCUGCCUUUGGAAGUUCACAUUGUCACCCCAGGAUGUGAAGAAUUGGCCAGCUUAUCUCCUGACGUUGCUCAAAGGUUUUGACUCGGACAUUUCUCAUCAGGCGAGCAUCAGAGAAGCAAUUGAGUGGCGCGCGCGGUGGAAGGACGAGGAGAAGGAAGUGCUUCGUCAGGCGUUGGGGGAGAUGCAGGAGGAGGGAAAGGACUUGCCACCUGUGAAGCGACCUUUGAACAAACUCUUACGUUUCUUUACUGGCUCUUUCAAGCAGCCUGUAGAAGGAUGCCUCGAAAGCUCUCACAAGUUGAAAGAGAUGAUUGCAGAGUCCGUGGUCUCAGAGGAUUUUGCCAUCGAGUAG